AUGGGACGCAAGAGGAGCAGGAUCUGCAAUUCUGUUGCCAUGGCGACGGCGGCCCCUCCCUCUCUCCUCCUGCUCUGCUGGCUGCUCCGAACAGCCUGCUCGGCGUUCCCCGAGGAGCCUGGCCCUUUAAACUUCAUCCCCACUGAAGUGUCAAGACGCUAUCCGGUGUUUCUGGGCCGACCGCACCCCACGUGGCAGAGACAAGAGCCUCUCCACAUCCAGAGGGUCAUCCAAGUCAACCGAACACUCUACAUCGGAGCCAGAGAUGACCUUUUCCGUGUGGAACUGGACUUCGCCGUUGCAGAUGAGAUGUUCUACAGCAAGAAAAGAACAUGGGAGUCCAAUAAGAACGAUAUCCGGAUCUGCAGGAUGAAGGGCAAGCAUGAGGAUGAAUGCCGAAAUUUCAUGAAGGUUCUCCUCAGUAGGCCGGGUGGCUUGUUUGUGUGCGGCACCAACGCCUUCAACCCUCUCUGCGCCAACUACACGGGGGACACUCUGGAAAUGACCGGUGACCCCGUCAGCGGAAUGGCCAGAUGCCCUUACGAUCCCAAACACGCCAACGUCGCUCUGUUCGCAGAGGGAAACCUGUUUACGGCCACCGUGACGGACUUCCUCGCCAUCGACGCGGUCAUCUACCGCAGCCUCGGGGACAGUCCGGCUCUUCGUACCAUCAAACACGACUCCAAGUGGUUCCGAGAGCCUUUCUUUGUCAGCGCUGUGGAGUGGGGACCUCAUAUCUACUUCUUCUUCAGAGAGAUAGCCAUGGAGUUUAAUUACCUAGAAAAGGUGGUGGUACCCCGCGUGGCCCGUGUGUGCAAACGUGACCAGGGCGGCUCUCAGCGUGUCUUGGAGAAGCAGUGGACAUCCUUCCUGAAGGCCCGCCUCAACUGCUCCGUCCCGGGAGAUUCCCACUUCUAUUUCAACAUGCUACACUCCACCAGCCCCAUCAUCAACAUGCACGGACGCGACAUUAUCUUGGGUGUCUUCUCCACGCCCGCUAACAGCAUCCCAGGAUCGGCUGUGUGCGCCUUCGACAUGGAGCUGUUGGCAGCGGUCUUCGACGGGCGCUUCAAAGAGCAGAAGUCACCAGAGUCCAUUUGGACACCUGUUCCUGAUGAAGUCAUUCCCAAGCCAAGACCUGGUGGCUGCGCCAUUCAGGGUUCCAGAUUUAAUUCGUCGAACUCCUUUCCUGAUGAGAUGCUCAACUUUGUCAAGACUCAUCCACUAAUGGAUGAGGCCGUCCCAUCACUCGGACAAAGGCCGUGGAUUGUCAAAACCAUGGUCAGGUACCAGCUGAAUAAGAUGGUGGUGGACUCGGAGGCCGGACCGCACCGGAACCGAACCGUGCUGUUUUUGGGCUCCAGUCGGGGGACCGUGCUUAAGUUCCUCAUCAUGCCAAACCAGGACAACACGGUCACCAGCAGCAACAUCUUUCUGGAGGAGUUGGAAGGCUUCAACCCUGAAAAGUGCGCCGGUGACUCUCCGCAGGCCAGGCAGCUGUUGUCUCUGACUCUGGAUCGAGCUAGUCACACGCUCAUUCUGGCCUUCCCCUCCUGUGUGGUGCGAGUACCUGUGGCUCGCUGCCAGCUCUACUCGCGAUGCAUAAAAAACUGCAUCGCCUCCAGGGACCCGUAUUGCGGUUGGACCCGAGGAAGCACCUGCUCUUUUCUGCGCCCUGGAACCAGGUUGCCCUUUGAACAAGACGUCGAGCAGGGAAAUGUGGCUCACUUGGGCGACUGUGACGGAUUACUCAAAGAGACAUUCAUCAAGGAGCCAGACGGCCUGGUGUCCGUCAACCUGCUGGUAGUGUCGGCCGUUUCGGCCUUUGCCACAGGCGCUCUCUUCUCCGGCCUGGCCGUCUGCUGGAUCAUGAGUCACCGCAACCGCCACGGUCGAGGAGCCGGCGCUAAAGGCGCCCGCCGCAAGAGCGACAAAGAGCAAACCGUGCUCGGGCCAGGCCGAAGCGGCUCGGUCAUGAGCGUGACCAGGACCAGCGGCGGCGACCGGCGCAACUCGCAGGUGGACAACCCAUUCGUCACGAUCAACGGAUGGCCCAAGGGUGACGUGGACCCCGGCUUGCUCCCCACGCCCGAGCAGACCCCGCUGCAGCAGAAACGAGUCAUGCGCCUCCCCGAUGCGGACUGGGAUCAGAGCCAGACCUUCCUCACGCCUGUCGGGACCCCGUGCCCCAACAAUUCGGUCAUCUACCUGAGCUCAAAGUUCCUCCAGGGAGGAGGAAGCAACGGGGGAAUGGUCCGGAUCGACGAGCCGGGUGAGGUUCUGCUACCCCCGCACGCCGAGCGCCAACGCUACCUGAUUCUCUCCGCCCAGCGCGGCGGGCAGGGCAACGGCGGCCGUCCGGCGGGCGCCUUGAGGAGUUCCGCGGGGGAUUACAUCUACCCCUCCACGCCCCAGGAAUCCCCUGACAGACGGCGGGUGGUUUCGGCACCCGCUCCUCACAUGGACUACGGGGAGCCUCGCUGGAGCCACGAGGCGCUCAACUACAAUGGCAACAACGGCGUACCCUACCACGGGCAACGCCAGGGCCUCAUCAGGCCCGAAAUGCACGGCCAUCGAGGAGGACUGGGACCACUGGCCGACUAUAGCCACCUUCUUGUAAAGAGCGAGAGAACCCCUAGUGUCCAGUGA